GACUGGCUGACGAGAUUUGGGUAUCUGCCUCCUCCGGACCCCGUCACGGGCCAGCUGCAGACGCAGGAGGAGCUCACCAAGGCCAUCACUGCCAUGCAGAGGUUCGGGGGGCUCGAGGCCACGGGGGUCCUAGACGAGGCCACGCUGGAGCUGAUGAAGACCCCUCGCUGCUCACUGCCCGACCUCACUGCUGUGGAGAGCAGGAGGAAGAGAUUCACCCAGGCUCUCACCAAGUGGAGCAAAAGGAACUUGUCUUGGAGAGUUCGCACCUUCCCAAAGGAGUCCCAGCUGGGCCACGACACCGUCCGAGCCCUGAUGUACUAUGCCCUGAAGGUCUGGAGUGACAUCACCCCCCUGAACUUCCACGAAGUGGCGGGGAACAACGCCGACAUCCAGAUAGACUUCUCCAAGGCAGACCACAACGACGGCUAUCCCUUCGACGGGCCCGGGGGCACAGUGGCACAUGCCUUUUUCCCUGGAGACCACCACACGGCAGGAGACACUCAUUUUGAUGAUGAUGAGUACUGGACCUUCCGAUCGUCGGAUGCUCACGGGAUGGACCUAUUUGCUGUAGCUGUCCAUGAAUUUGGCCAUGCCAUUGGCCUGACCCACAUUUCUGCCAUAGAGUCUAUCAUGAGACCCUACUACCAAGGACCAGUGGGGGACCCUCUGAAGUAUGACCUACCUUACGAGGACAAGGUCCGAAUCUGGCAGCUCUAUGGAGUCAGGGAAUCUGUGUCCCCCACAGCCAAGCCUGAAGUAAGCAAAACUGACGAUCAUCCUAUCCUGCCAGAGCUGCCAGAGAACCGCUCCACGGUCCCGCUCCGGCGGGACGUGCCCAACAGAUGCAGCACUCACUUCGAUGCAGUGGCCCAGAUCAGGGGAGAGGCUUUCUUCUUCAAAGGCAAGUACUUCUGGAGACUGACUCGCAAUAAGCACUUGGUCUCCCUCCAGCCGGCCCAGAUCCACCGCUUCUGGCGGGGCUUGCCGCUCAACCUGGACAGCCUGGACGCAGUCUACGAGAGAACCAGCGACCACAAGAUUGUCUUCUUCAAAGGAGACAGAUACUGGGUCUUCAAAGACAACAACGUGGAGGAAGGAUACCCGCGGCCGAUCUCAGACUUCGGCCUGCCACUGGGAGGAAUCGAUGCUGCUUUCUCCUGGGCCCACAAUGACAAGACUUAUUUCUUUAAGGACAAUCUCUACUGGUGCUACGAUGACCACGAGCGGAGGAUGGAUCCUGGGUACCCUUCAGAGGUCAUCCUAUGGAAGGGGAUACCAAGCCCUCUAGACGAUGCCAUGAGGUGGUCAGAUG